AAUCCUUGUUAUCGAAAUUCAGCGAGAGCAGUGACAGGCUAAACCUGUGGAAGUAUCACGGUAGCGGGCUAGAAAUCAAAAGAUUUAUUUCCCAAACCAUGAUGUAUUUAUGACAUACCGCUUUAAUAAAGCAGUUACGCCUAUAUUAUAGGACACAUGGUGGGCAAAUGUCAAUUAAUAGCUGUAUUAGCUAACGUGAGCUGACUGCAAAGGGAUGGUAGUUAGCUAGCUAGCCUGCUGCUACACUAUAUUUGUUCACCGCAAUCAUGAGCGAAGAUGACAAUUCAGCAUCAGCAAAUAAGGACAAAGAGUCGACUCUCCUACUCACUAAAGACGGACAAAGGUACUACGUGAGUAAGAGCGGAGUAGUCGACAGCAGAAAUGUGAUAACGCCACACGAACCAGACAACAACGUCUCCUCCUACGAUAUGGACGAUCCGGACGAGGAGAGCGACGUUCUGGACACUUCAGAUCCCAGAGACAGCGCCGCCAGCCCGGAGGAGCUCAACGACGAGGAGACCUCGGAGGGCGACACCGCACCCAAACAGUGCACCUAUGAGGGGUGCACGGAGACCACAACGCAGGUGGCCAAGCAGAGGAAACCGUGGAUGUGCAAAAAACACCGCAACAAGAUGUACAAAGACAAGUACAAGAAGAAGAAGAGUGAUCAGGCCAUGUCUAGUGGAAAACUCGAUGAAAACUCAGAGGAGCGGCCUGUGUCUGUGAACAAACAGCGUCUGGGUGCUAUGGGGGACCGGCCAGCCAGACCCUCCCUGAUAGAGCAGGUCCUCAACCAGAAAAGACUGUCACUGCUCAGGAGUCCAGAGGUGAUCAGCUUCCUGCAGCAGCAGCAGCAGCUCCUGGCCACACAGGGCCGCAGCCAAUCACAGCAGCAGUUCCAGGGCUGCUGACGCCGGCCGGUCAGUGCAUUUGUGAUGAAUAGAGAACACUGAAGAAACACUGGCACCUCAUGCAUAAAUGAAUAGUAACCAUACACUGUAAACAUGAAUUUCCCAAGCCAGACAGCCAUGCAGAAGAAAGAAUAACAUGGUAAUCAUGGGAUGUUUUAAAGGCAUGGUGGACUAAACUAGAUUAACACACAUAAAUCCCUCAAAAGGCGUGAAUUUCUGAAGUGGAAGACUGAACAUGUAAUCAAACCAUGGCUGGUGCUGCCUAGAAAAUAUAAUUUCCUAAAUACAAGCCAACAUUUCUUUUCAGUUACUUUUUAGUUACUCUGCCAAAUUACAUUAUUUCUGUUAUCUUUCUUCAUGUGGCAAUAAUAAUGAAGGCAUUGGAUCAUAAUUGCCGUUAAACAUUACAGUUUCUUUGUGUGUUUACUUAUGUGAUACUUUUGAGGCUGUUUUCUGUUAAUGAAUUAUUGAUCUUCUGUGUGUUUUAAUGUUUCCUCUUGAACAUGAAGUGAUGUUACAUGUGACAAUCAGUUGUGUUAUGCAUCUCUGUAGCCUCUACUCUGUCAAGUGGGGCUUUCAGGACUUGUUUUUAACACAAGAUUUUAUAUCCUUGUUUAUCUGAAACUGUUGCAAACAGUAACCUCUAACUGUAUACAAAAAGGAACACAAAUUAAGUUUGGUGGGAUGAAUAUUGGUCACUCUGGCUCUGCUGGCUUUGUGUUGAAGAGUGGCAGGGAGAAGUCAUGUACUGUAUGUUGUUUCUGUGUUUUUCAGUUGAAGUGUAUACCCUGAGCUGUGAAUAUGAGAGUAAAAUGACGACGCUAUCAUUGAGAAA